GGGUCUUAUCUCUUGACACCUUCCGUCAACGAUGGGCCGAACCUCGAUUUUUUUCUGGAAGUGGAGCUUUGUCAGUGCAGCUUUGGCACAUUUGGCAGUGGACGAGAUCCCAUGGGUCAAAGAGCUCCAGGGACGUGGCUUGCAUGGCUUAAAUGGUGAAGCGACAUCAUCACGGGGUUGCUUCAAUGGAAAAGGUGUGAAACAUUGGGGAGCAGAACCUUUGAAGGAUUUUGAAGGUUGGAUUCCACUGACCUUGAUGGAUUUUGUCCCCGUGAAUCGAUCUUUCUACAUCCAGGUGCCCAAGGGCGUCGGUUCGGGGUGGCCCGCGCCACUGUUGUUUGGUCUCCAUUCCCAGGGCGACCAGGCCGACAUCUACGCGGCCUCCCAUGAGUUUGGCGCCUUUGGGAAGGCCCUGAACUUCAUUACGGUGUAUCCACAAGGAUUGGACGAUGCCGUCCCGGGAGGUGGUGACAUGGGCACCGGUUGGAAUGUCGGCACGGCGGGGGAUGAACAGACUUGUGUGAAUGAUGAAGUUACUGCAGAUUGCUAUGCAUCCUGCUGGGAGCAGGGCAAGUGUGGCAGUUGCAACUGGUCGGGAUGCUAUGAUGAACGACUUUUCGUGUACUCCAUCAUCCAAGCCAUCAGUUCGGUUCUUUGUAUCGACCACUCUCGCGUGUAUGUCACGGGCGAGAGCAACGGGGGUAUGUUGGCACAUUACUUGGUCCAGUCGCUACCGGGCACCUUCGCGGCUGUAGCACCUUGGUAUGGUCUGCCGUUGCUGGGCUAUGGCCUGGGUGCUGAAUUCGAGUUGGUGCGCGACACCAAGAACUGCAGGCAGACUGCCAUGCUCCAACUGCAUGGUAGGCAAGAUGAGAUCAUGCCACCGCAGGGUGGAGUUUCUGGUGGAUUCAUGCCAGGUUGGAUCUAUGAACCAUUGAACAAGGUUCAGCAAGGAUGGGCCGCAGUUCAUGAAUGUGACACCGUGGCCUCUGAAGCCAAGAGCUACUGGGACGGUGGGAAACAAAACUUCGCCUGUUUCGACUACAAAGGAUGCUCCAGUGGACGGCGCAUCAUGCGUUGCUUCUAUGAUGGUGGCCACGGAGAUCUCCCCGAGGGAAAUGUGGCAGAACAGAUCACGCUGUGGUUUCUGCUGCAGUAUCGAUUGGAUGAAGCUGCACAAGCUGCACAAGUCACAAAUUUCACAAAGAUUCUCAAUGGUGGGCUCAAUUCCCUCCAGGUCACGUCUCACUCAAAGAUCUCAAAGUCCAAUCCACAGCUACGAGCCUUUAUUUGAUAGCCACAUGGACCGCAUCGAUGUGACGGCAUCUCCGGACACGACUGCGGUGAUCUACCAGUCACUACCAAUCCAUUCGUCCAUUCCAUGUUUUGAGCCUCUUUGAGCUAUCCAAUUGGUCCAAUGAAUCCAAUGUCAUGGAAUCACGGCUGUGCGGACGCGAUUGCACCUGUGUCAGAGUGUACAGUCAGACUUGAGUGGCUGGAGCAGUCAGACCAUGAAUCUAGAAUAGUUUGCUUGCACAUGAAGCGAAUGAUGAAUAU